CGAACGUCUAGAUUAGAACGGCGAGUUUGAGCCAACAUGGCGUCUCACCGGCACAGUUUCCAGAGCAACCCAUGACAGCUCUCCUUCUGCGAGUGAGGCGCAUAGUCUUGGACAAGGGGCAUCAUCGAGAUACAAAGGAUGGCGCGGGUGGUGUUUCUCCAUCCAGACCUCGGUAUAGGAGGAGCAGAGCGGCUGGUGGUCGAUGCUGCCGUCGCUCUGAAAUCCCGGGGAUGCAGCGUUCAGAUCUGGACAGCCCAUUAUGAUCCCACACACUGCUUCUCCGAGACCCUGGACCCAGACCUGCCUGUGGUGUGUGUGGGUGACUGGCUGCCCACCAGUGUGUUUGGCUACCUGCACGCCCUGUGCGCCUACCUGAGGAUGAUCUAUGUGGCCCUCUACCUGGUCUUCUUCAGCGGGGUCGAGUACGAUGUCAUCUUCUGUGAUCAGGUGUCAGUGUGUAUCCCGGUGCUGAGGCUGUCCCGUCACAGGAAGAAAGUUCUCUUCUACUGCCACUUCCCAGACCAGCUGCUGACUCAGAGGAAGUCGGCCCUGAAGAAGCUUUACCGAGCUCCCAUCGACUGGCUGGAGGAGCGCACCACGGGCAUGGCUGACAUGAUUCUGGUAAACAGCCGGUUCACCGCGGGGGUCUUCAGGGAGACUUUCUGCAGUCUGAGCGGAGUGCAGACAGAUGUCCUCUAUCCCUCCCUGAACACACGUACCUUUGACCAGCCGUCCACUGAAGUGCAGGGUCUGGAUGGGCUUCUCCCCGAGGGAAACUCCAGCCUGUUCCUGUCUCUGAACCGCUAUGAGCGCAAGAAGAACCUGGGCCUGGCGUUGGAGGCCCUGGCGGUCCUGAGGGGCCGUCUGCCCUCCAGCCACACAGCAGGGAUUCACCUGGUGGUAGCAGGCGGCUAUGACGACCGAGUUACUGAGAACGUUCAACAUUACACUGAACUGAAGGAGCUCGCAGCCCAGCUGGAAGUGCAGGACUGCGUCACCUUCCUGCGUUCCCCCUCAGACGCACUCAAAGUGGCACUGCUGCGAGGCAGCCUGGCGGUGCUCUACACCCCCAGCAGAGAGCAUUUUGGCAUUGUUCCUGUGGAGGCCAUGUACUGCUGCUGUCCCGUUGUUGCUGUGAACUCUGGAGGCCCUCUGGAGAGUGUGGGGGAUGGGGAGACGGGGUUCCUCUGUGAACCCACUGCAGAGGCUUUCUCCAAGGCCAUGGAGAGGCUGGUCAGGGAGCCCCAGCUCCACAGGGACAUGGGAGAGGCUGGGAGGAGGAGGGUGCAGGAGAAGUUCUCCCUUCAGGCUUUCUCAGACCAGCUGCAUGGCUACAUCGUCAGGUUGACCCAGUGAGACAGCUCGGGAUUUGGUGUGGUGAUGGGAGUGAACUCUGAAUAGAAUGCACUGAUCUGAGCUCUGAUCUGUUACUCAGAGCAACAAUAUCCUCUGCUGACCUGUGAGAGGGACUGACCGUGGGCAAGUGGGGUGUAGCUCUAUAGAGAGAGGAAGUGGGUUUCUUAUAACAGAGUGAAUGUAUGUAUGUGUGCUGGGAGGUGGGGGGGUAUUGUGAGGACUCGGAGGACAAUUUAUCAGCGUUCCCCUGGAGGGGUUGCUGAGAGAGAAAAAAAGGACGGAAUCUCUGUACCAAUUAAGAAAAGAGUAACGAGUUUACCUAUCCUGUCCAUGGAAAAAUACCAUCCCUCUGAGUGUGUGUGUGUGUGUGUGUGUGUGUGUGUGCACAGCAGCACUGCAACCAAGAGCCUGACAAAUGAGUGUACCAAAAGGAUUGAUUGGUAGAAUGAAAUGUUUUGCACUGUGUAUGUGUGUGUUUAUUUUUUCCGCCUUCGCUACAGUAGUCUUUGUCUAUGUGUGUAUGGCAGUGAAGAAGAAUGUAGUUACCGCCAUGUGCCAUCAGGCAGUGCACAGCCCCAGAUCGAUACGUAGGAUGCUUUCCACCACUUCCUGUCCACCCAGAGCUUUGUUCGCUCCUUGCAUUCAGACGACGCUGGCCUGUCCAUGACUCUACGGCUGCACGGAGGUUAUUAGCAGAUGAUAGAGAGUGUUUGGCUUUAUUAGAGGUCUGGCUGAUGGGCAGUCUGUCUGUGUCUGGGUCAUUAUCAAUGGGGAGAAUAGCAGAAGGUCAUUGUGUCUGCAAGCUGGCCUCUUCAGCCCUCUUACUGUAUAGAAAUGCUCUUAUUGACAUUCCUGAAGUCUUAAUAAACAAGAGGACACAUAG